AUGGGUCUGGAUAAUACGUAUGGGGAGCUAUCUGGCAUGUUCUGUGGAGGCCUGUCUUAUGAUGGCUACGCAGACCACAGCAGCGCAAGUGAUUAUUUCAGGUUCACCGAUCCACUUCCUGCAGUUGUGCCCCAGAUGGCAGCAGAAGCCUGUUCAAAUCCUUCCUCCACUGUGUCAAGGGCCAACACUGAAACUGACAACCCGGAGGAUUGGGAAUUCAUCUCAGAUGAGUCCCUCAACUAUAUUAGCCGGAUGCUCAUGGAGGAGGAUAUCGAUGAGAAAGUCAGCAUGUACCAGGCGGAGUCGGUGGCACUGCGUGCUGCUGCAAAGCCGUUCUAUGACAUUCUUGGGCACAAGUUUCCACCGUCUCCUGAUCACCAGCCGAUCCCUUGGUCCAUGGACAGCCCCAGUGAGAGUAGCAGUAGCAUUUGUACACAAUCUGUGGCAAGUACUGUCACUAGCAGCAGCAUUGGUGGCACAGUGGAUAGCAACUGGCGCUACGACGUUGGACGCAGUGAGCAGUUGGAAGCUUAUCGAGGCUUGUGUGGUCAGUCUUCUCAGCCGCUUGUUGGUACAUCAACUGAUGCUUCCAAUGCAGUGGAUGUGCUAGAAGACCCUUUGAUCACGAAUGGCCAGAUCCCUGAGUAUUUGUUUGAGAGCCUUCCAACUUGGGAUUUCAGGAGAGGCAUUGAGGAAGCCCAGAAGUUUCUUCCUGAUAACAAUACACUAGUGAUUGAUUUAGAAGCUGGUGGUGUCGCAAGACCUCAAGAAGCAAGGAAAGAUGUUUCUUUGAAUGCCAAAAAGGCAGAUGUAUUGAAGGCCAAGAAAAACAGACAGAGUGAAGACCUUGACCUGAUGGAAGGCCGGAACUUUAAACAGUCUGCAUUUUGUUCCGAUGAACCUGAUUGGAUUGAGAUGUUUGAUGAUCUGCUUCGGCAAACCGAGAAGAAGGCUACAGAUCUGCGAGAGCUGAUGCGCAAUGAAGCUUCCAAGAAUUCUCAGGUCACUCAGACGAAAGGACCAAGUGGGCCACGGCCACGGGGAAGGAAACCAACAAAGAAGGAUGUGGUGGACCUUAGGACCAUCCUCAUCCACUGUGCACAGGCUGUGGCAGCAGAUGACCGCAGAACUGCUAAUGAAUUGUUAAAGCAAAUAAGGCACCAUUCCAAGCCAAACGGCGAUGGAUCCCAGAGGUUAGCACAUUGUUUUGCAGAUGGUCUUGAGGCUCGUUUGGCAGGCACAGGGAGUCAGCUUUACCGUAUGCUUAUAGCAAAACGUACAACUGCCUCAGACAUGCUUAAAGCCUACCACCUCUACCUUGCAGCAUGCCCAUUCAAGAGGCUUUCACAUUUUCUUUCCAAUCAAACAAUCUUGAGUAUGAUUAAAAAUGCAUCAAAGGUGCAUAUCAUUGACUUCGGCAUUUAUUUCGGCUUCCAAUGGCCAUGCCUAAUCAGGCGUCUCUCCAAGAGGGAAGGCGGUCCACCUGUUCUGCGCAUCACUGGAAUUGAUGUACCUCAGCCAGGUUUCCGCCCUUCCGAGAGAAUUGAAGAGACUGGACGAAGGCUUGCAGAAUAUGCUGCGAAGUUCAAGGUGCCUUUUGAGUAUCAGGGAAUAGCAUCAAAGUGGGAAACCAUCCGAGUUGAGGAUCUCAAAGUUGGCAAGGACGAAGUUGUGAUUGUUAAUUGCCUAUACAGAUUCAGAAACCUGAUUGAUGAAACAGUUGCUGUAGACAGUCCUAGGAAUAGAGUGCUCAACACAAUAAGGCAAGUAAACCCAGCGAUUUUCAUCCAUGGAAUUGUGAAUGGGUCAUACAGUGUUCCCUUCUUCAUCACACGUUUCCGUGAGGCACUGUUCCAUUUCUCUGCAUUGUUUGACAUGCUAGAGACAACUGUCCCACGGGAUGAUCCCCAGCGCGCACUCAUAGAGAGGGAAAUGUUUGGCCGAGAGGCACUCAAUGUUAUUGCAUGUGAGGGCUCAGACAGAGUUGAGAGACCCGAGACAUACAAACAGUGGCAGGUGAGGAACCUCAGGGCUGGAUUUGUUCAGUCUCCGUUAAACCAAGAAAUUGUGAUGAAAGCCAAGGACAAAGUAAAAGACAUUUAUCACAAGGACUUCGUCAUAGAUGAAGACAGUGGGUGGCUCCUGCAAGGCUGGAAAGGAAGGAUAAUCUAUGCGAUAUCUACAUGGAAGCCUAAGAAGAACUAG